UAACAAUUGGCUGUAAAAGCAUUUUUACGAAAUUCACGUGGAAGUUUGGCUCGCUCAACAUUUGUUGUGACCUCUAUUUAGAGAAUCUGUGAUUCUAAAUAUACAUAAUUAUGGAAGAAUAUGCUCGAGAGCCGUGUCCGUAUCGAAUUGUAGAUGACUGUGGUGGUGCUUUUGCUAUGGGAUGCAUUGGAGGCGGCGUGUUUCAAGCCAUCAAAGGAUUUCGAAAUGCUCCAUCUGGGCUUAGUAGAAGAUUGAUUGGUAGCAUGUCAGCAAUUAAGACUCGAUCACCUGUUAUUGCUGGAAAUUUUGCAGUUUGGGGUGGAAUGUUUAGUACAAUUGAUUGCACUCUUGUACAUUUCCGAAAAAAAGAAGAUCCGUGGAAUUCUAUUAUAAGUGGAGCAGCUACUGGAGGAGUAUUAGCGGCGCGCAAUGGUGUACCAGCAAUGGCGGGAAGUGCUAUAAUCGGCGGGGUGUUACUAGCCCUUAUUGAAGGUGUUGGAAUUUUAUUCACAAGAAUAUCCGCUGAACAAUUUCGAAACCCUUCACCUCCAAUAGAUGAUCCAGCUGUAUUGGGAGAUCCUGUAAAUAGCUUCACGUUUAGAAAUCCUCCAAAUCAUGAGCAAUAUCAGUAAAAAAAAAAAAAAAAAAAAGUAAAUAAUAAAAAUCGAUAAAAUUACAAAUUUUAUAUCUCGAUAUAUUUAAAAUAGUUUGUCCUGAUUGACUAAUUUUUUAUCAACGCAAAGCAGUUGCAAGCAAUUUUGGAAUAUUCGACCUACUUAGGGGGAAAAUGGGCUCCAAAGAUUGUUUAACAAUUUUGCAGUUUUUAUCCGAUUAACUUCAAUAUUGCUUUGUAAACUCAAAAAGUGCUCAUUUUAUUGUAACUUGCUCUGCACAGCAAGCUGAGCACUACUUUGAAACAUUGCGUAGCAGCUACGUCAUACGGAGAGGCUAUCUUGCCGUCUACCAACAACAAAUCUUGCAAUUCGUGCAAAAUAUAAUAAUUGUAUUCGCAUUUCGAUUACCAUUUAAAACUGCAAUUGUGUAAUAAAUUUUGUUUGAUCAACUUCAA